CCGAUGCUGCGGGACGGAGGGCCGCCGCCGCCACCAGGACGACCAAGACCGCGAUGAAGCUCAAGACCCGCGGCGCGGCCAAGACGCUGAGCUUGGCGCUGGACACGUCGACGUGGCCGCCGAAGGGCCGCGGCAGGGACGCCGACGAUGGCGGCCGGCCGCGCACCGCCACGCUGGACAAGCCGGUCGUGCUGGACAUCGCCCUGCUCGGCCACCUGGACAUGACGACGCUCACGCGCCGCGGCCUGCUCAACGUGUGUCGUAAGGGCGUCGUCGGCGUGCUCGCGGCCACGCCGAGCCCCAAGCCGCCGCGCCGCGCCUCCAGGGCGUCCUCGCGGUCCGACGCGUCCAGCGACGAGCAGCAGCUGACCCCCGUGGCCGGGCGCCGGCCCCGCGGCGGCGGCGCGCUCGUCCGCCAGAAGAAGGCCGUCAUCGAGGAGGACGACGAGGACGAGAGCAGCUGGGCGGAGGACGAGCAGCGCUUCGGCACGUACCGCGUGCGGCGCAACAACCGCCUCAACCGCACCUUCCGCGUCCCGGCGCUGAAGAGGCAGCGGCCGCCGCUCAGCAACCUCAACAACAACGAGCUCGUGCCCGCCGCGCCCAGCGCCAUGGACGCCAAGCCCGGCCGGCGCCGCGGCCUGGGACUCGGCCUCGAGGACAUCCUCGCCGCGCGCGAGCAGGUCCCGGAGCCGUGCCGGACGUGCGGCCGGCCGGAGCUGCCGGAGCGACUCCACAGCCACCCCAAGCAGCCCGGCAAGGCCAACCAGGGCAACGUCAAGGGGCACCUGCCGCUCGCCGCGCCGCAGCCGCAGCUCCGGGUGCCGCAGCCCGACCUGCCCGUCAAGAACGUCGUCAAGAAGCCCGUGGCCAUCAAGUACCGGCCGCGGCGGGGCUCCGAGGGCGCCGACGCGCCGGUCGCCGUCCACUCCCCCGCGCCCAAGGGCUUCAAGGCCGCGUCCAGGAGGGCCUCGCCGUCGAAGGGCUCGCCGGUCGCCAAGGGCGCCUUCCUGGUGACGCACUUCGUGGACGCGGACAGCCCCGCCAGCCCCUCCCGGGCGGCGCGCGGGCCCCGGAUCGUCGUGUGCUACGUGUGUGGCAGGGAGUUCGGCACGGCGUCGCUGCCCCUGCACGAGCCCCAGUGCAUCCAGCGAUGGCAACUGCAAAACUCGAAGCUCCCCCCGCAGUGGCAGAGGCACCUGCCCGAGAAGCCCGCCGGCCCCAUCACCGUCGAGGACUGGAACAAGUUCGCCUGGGACUCGUCUAAGAGAGCGGACUCCGUCCAGUGCCCCAACUGCCUGCGCCGCUUCUGCCCGGACCGCAUCAACUCGCACGAGCGGGUGUGCUUCAAGAAGCAGCACGCCGUCGGAGGAGAGCCGCAGUCGCAGGCCGACUCCAUCGGGUCCAUGGGGUCGCGCGGCGGGCGCAGCUCCCCGCUGGUGGAGUGCUACCUCUGCGGCAAGAAGUUCGGCACGCGCUCCAUCGGCAUCCACGAGCCGCAGUGCCUCAAGAAGUGGCAGCAGCUGCACGGCGAGGACGCCGCGGCCCAGGCCCUCGACAAGCCCAGAGAUGCGGGGACGGUGGACAUCGAUGCGUCAGCCGAGGCCGCGUGGCAAGCACACCUGUCCCAACUAAUCCCUUGCGCUCACUGUGGUCGCAAGUUCAGCCCCGACCGAAUAAGCGUCCACGAAAGAUGCUGCAAGGGCGGCGAAAGAUAGCGAACUGUACAGUCCUUUGACAAUAAAACUAAUCCCUAAACGUGUCAUUGUGUCACUGCUGCCCCACUUGUAUCCUAGCAGAGUUUAAAUGAUUGGUUCGGGAAGAUGGUUUACACAAACAGACACAGGUAAAAUUGGUUCCCGACAUUGUAUUUCAUGUCACAUUCUUACAUACGGUCUUUCUCUCAGCAAUCCUCUAGCAUGGCAACCACUCAAAGUGUUAACAAAUAAAACCACAAUAGAAAAAAAUACCACCCAUUGAAGAUUACUUAACUGUAAAAUAUCAUUAAAAAAAUC